UGAUGGACAGCCUUGCCAGGAAGAUGCAGCUACUCCUGCUCCUGGUGGCCUUUCUCCUACCCCCUGGGGCUGGGGCAGGAGAGAUCAUCGGAGGUCGAGAGGCCAGGCCCCAUUCCCGCCCCUACAUGGCGUAUCUUCUGAUACGAUCUCCACAGGGACUGAGCGCUUGUGGAGGGUUCCUGGUGCGAGAAGACUUCGUGAUGACAGCAGCUCACUGCUGGGGAAGCACUAUAAAUGUCACCCUGGGGGCCCACAACAUCGGGAGGCGGGAAAGGACCCAACAGCGCAUGUCUGUACGCAGAGCCAUCCGUCACCCUGGAUAUAACGAACAGGACCUCCUGAAUGACAUCAUGUUGCUGCAGCUGGAGAAUAGAGCCCGGCGGAAUCAGUUCGUGAGGCCAGUGGCUCUGCCUCGGGCCGGGGAAAGGGUGAGCCCGGGGUCCCUGUGCACUGUGGCUGGCUGGGGCUUAGUCAGCCUGAACAGGAGAACAGACACGCUCCAGGAGGUGCAGCUGAGAGUGCAGAGGGACCGGGAGUGCAGCAAUGUCUUUGGUUCCUACAACGGCCAAAAGCAGAUUUGCGUGGGAGACCGGAGGGAGAGGAAGACCGCCUUCGUGGGGGACUCCGGAGGCCCCCUUGUGUGUAGCAAUGUGGCCCACGGCAUUGUCUCCUAUGGAAGCAGAUCCGCGACUCCUCCAGCAGUCUUCACCAGAGUUUCCAGUUUCCUGCCCUGGAUAACUAGAACAAUGCGACGCUUCAAGCAGCAGGGGAAUGGAGCUAAGACCCCCUCUGACUGA